AUGGUCGCGGAUCAGAACGGUGGCGGUAACGACUGUAGGAGUCGCAAAGCUUCAAUGAAUUACGGCAAUGGUGGCGAUGAAUUUGGAAGAUCAGAACCUAUUGAAAUCGAGGUUGUUGAGUCACCUAUUCAAAUCCAGGCUGUUGAGAUACUUUCUCAGCUCAAGGAAGCAGUCAGGGGGACUCUAUUGCAGCUAGAGAAAGAAGUGUGUCAUGAGCAGUCAACAAUUUUGGUUCCUGGUGGGAUUAUUCACAGCUUGACUAGGUAUGUGAUGGACUAUACCAUUCGGGUCUCCGAGUACAAGCAAUCUUUAACUUCAAUAAUUGUAUCUAAGCCAUCAAUAUAUUUGAAAUAUUUGGAUGAUGAGACGAUUAUUCAUAUGGACUAUAUAGAAGUUGAGGGGCAAACUUCGUUGGCACUCCAUUUAAUUUGGAUUAUUCAAAAUUUAGUACGCCAGUUGAAUGUCAAGUCCAAAUACUACGAUGAUGCCGACUUGGCUCUUUCGUUCAUGGUGGACAAUGUUCUUUACAUUCUUCAGAAAAUUAUAGGCUGUUCAGAAUUGAGGAUGGUGAUUGGGAAUCAUUUGUUAAACAAAUUAUAUAGACUUUUAAUCCACUAUGUGAGAGUUUCAACAUUGAGAAUCGAAUCCAGUAUGAGACCGGAGAAACUAGGCACCAGUGGGUGCUGCUCUUCUGGGAUGUCAAGGAUUGCUUUGAGAGAGAUGCCCAGGACCCGCAGAGCCAUGCUUAACGAAGCUGGCAGUAGUCUAACAAAAUUUAUGCAGCUUCACCUGGCGCUUAAUGCAUCGUGUGUGUUACCCUGUAGAGAGGAGUGUCGAAGGAAUUCUUGGAGAUGGAUUCUCACAAGCGACUCCAUAGAAGAGAAUCGGAAUGAGAAUUUUGAACGAGAAGAGAGACCACCCAAUAUCGUGUCACCAUUGUUGGCUCGUCGCAGAGCUCCGAAGACGGGUAUGUGA